GCGGAGCCGGGGCGGCGGGGAACAAAGAUGGCGGCGGGUGGUGCGGGAGUUGUUGCCAUGGCGGCCCGCGGGAGGGCCCCCGUGGACGGGACUCUCCGGCCAGCUGCUCGCCGCGGGGGGCUGUGAGCGGUACUGGCGGGAGGAGGAGGAGGAGGAGGAGGCAGCGCGGCGAGAGAGGGCUCUGCUCUCAGCCGUCCCCACCAUGCCUCAAGCUUCGGAGCACCGCGUCGGCCGGGCCAGGGACCACACCGUUGUCACCUCCCAGCCCAAGGCGGCCACCAAGCUGCCCAGCGGCCACCGAGCCCUGAGCCAGGAGCGCCACGCUGCCGCCAUGGCCGCCGCCGACAACGGGCUCUCCCCGGCACCCAAGCUUCGCCUGCUGCCUCCCCGCCCCGGCCCCAUGGAUGACCGCGGCAAGAAGCUGGAAGGGGACCGGGGCCGGGCCUCAAAGCGUGGGGAGACCGUGCGUGGCGUGGCGUGCCGGCGGGGACCCCUCAAAGCCGACCACGCCGUGCGGGUGCCGGGCUCCCCGCAGGCGGGCGCCGUGCCGGGCAGUGCCUCCUUCUCCCUGCCCGCCGGUACCUCGCUGGCAGGGCGCGAGGCCGAGCGCCGGCGCAGCAACCUGGCCCGUUCCAAAUCCAUCAGCAUCGGGGACCUGAGCCAGGGUGGUGGCGGCGGCGGUGGCGGUGGCCGCGCCGAGGACAUGGCGGCCGUGCUGAGUCGGUUGGUGCUGAGGGACUGCGGGCACCAGCUGAGCGCCGGCUCGCUGGCCCUGCGGAGGAGCUCCUCGCUGAGGAGGGUCAACGUCUCCCCGGGGCUGGACGGGAAGCCCACCGCCCCGCUGCUCUCUGUCCGGCCCGAGGGCUGCCCCCGGACUCGUGCUACCCCCAACCCCACCUUCGCCCACAGCCCCGACAGCCCACCCCCCGGCAGAGCCCCGGCCCCUGGCCGGACCGAGGAGAAGGCAACAGCUACCCAGCACACCCUGCUGCUGGGCUCGGGCCACGUCGGCCUCAGGAAUCUGGGCAACACAUGCUUCAUGAACGCCGUGCUGCAGUGCCUGAGCAGCACCAAGCCGCUGCGGGAUUACUGCCUGCGCCGGGACUUCCAGCAGGAGCAGCCCCCUGGCCCCCGCGCCCCCCAGGAGCUCACCGAAGCCUUUGCCGAUGUCAUUGCCGCCCUCUGGCACCCCGACUCCUCCGAGGCCGUCAACCCGGGGCGCUUCAAGGCCAUCUUCCAGAAAUACGUCCCCUCCUUCACUGGAUACAGCCAGCAGGACGCCCAAGAGUUCCUCAAGUUCUUCAUGGACCGACUGCACGUGGAGAUCAACAGGAAGGGCCGCAGGACCCCCAGCAUCCUCUCGGACACCCGGCGGACCCCCACGGUGGAGGACCCCGAGACGUUAAGCGACGACGAACGCGCCAACCAGAUGUGGAAGCGAUACCUGGAGAGGGAGGACAGCAAGAUUGUGGACCUCUUUGUGGGGCAGCUGAAGAGCUGCCUCAAGUGCCAGGCGUGCGGCUACCGCUCCACCACCUUCGAGGUGUUCUGUGAUCUCUCUCUGCCCAUCCCAAAGAAGAGCUUUGCUGGUGGCAAGGUCUCACUCUACGAUUGCUUCAGCCUCUUCACCAAGGAGGAGGAGCUGGACUCGGAGAACGCCCCGCAGGUCUGUGACAAGUGCCGGCAGCGGACACGAAGCACGAAGAAGUUGACCAUCCAGCGCUUCCCCCGCAUCCUGGUGCUCCACCUGAACAGGUUCUCCACCACCCGAUACUCCAUCAAGAAAUGCUCCGUUUUUGUGGACUUCCCCCUGCAGCAGCUCAACCUGCGGGAGUUCGCCAGCGAGAAAGCGGGCAGCCCAGUCUACAGCCUCUAUGCCCUCUGCAACCACUCGGGCAGCGUCCACUACGGCCACUACACAGCUUUCUGCCGGGACGCUGCCGGCUGGCGCGUCUACAACGACUCCCGCGUCUCGCCCAUCAGCGAGAACCAGGUGCCGUCCAGCGAGGGCUACGUCCUCUUCUACGAGCUGGAGGACCCCCCGGGCCGGCGGCCCUGAGACCCCCGAACUCCAGCUGGGGGGCUGCUCCCUCCCCCCUUUAACUCUCUGGCCCCCGACAGCCGCCCCCCGGCUCCCCGCGCCCGGGCAGGGACCGAGGGCGGCGCCCUCUCCGCAGCCCCAGGAGGGGCUUUUGUGAAUAAAUUUACUAAAAAAA